AUGUCCUUUACCACUGUUUCAACAUAUUUGAGCUGCUGCUUGAUCAUCGGCUUUGGCCAUCUCCGUGAUUUUUUCCGUGGCAUCCUCGUUUUGCCAUUCACAGACGACAAUCUCCAGGUUCGUCAUUUGGGUUAUGCGCCAAUCUGCUUGGAACACGAGGAUUUCUACAUAAGACGAGGGUAUCAUCGGGUUCAGGACUGUUUUGCCCGUCCAAUAGCGAGUGCACCAGAUGCAUGGUUUGAUGUGGUCGAGAGAGACUGGAACGAUGAGGAAAAGGUGCUCGAUCGAACAACAGAGAGCAGAAGGUGCCUUAAUUUGGGGUCUUACAAUUAUCUUGGCUUUGGUUCAUUCGAUGAAUAUUGCACGCCUCGUGUUAUUGAGUCUUUAGAGAAAUUUUCAGCAAGUACAUGUAGUUCUCGUGUAGAUGCAGGAACUACUAGUGUGCAUGUAGAGCUUGAGGAAUCUGUUGCUAAAUAUGUGGGAAAGCAUUCUGCUAUUGUCUUUGGCAUGGGAUACGCCACAAACUCGGCUAUCAUUCCGGUUUUGAUUGGAAAGGGAGGAUUGAUAAUUAGUGACUCUUUGAACCAUAGUUCAAUUAUUAAUGGUGCUCGAGGCUCUGGAGCCAAUAUCCGCGUUUUCCAGCACAAUACACCUUCUCACUUGGAAAGAAUAUUGAGAGAAGAAAUAGCAGAAAGACAAACCAAAACACACAAACCCUGGAAGAAAAUUAUUGUUAUCGUUGAAGGAAGAGGUGUUUGUGAACUUCUUGGAGUUAAUACGGCUGAUGUGGACAUAAUGAUGGGAACCUUCACAAAAUCUUUUGCCUCUUGUGGUGGAUAUAUUGCUGGCUCUAAGGAGCUCAUCCAAUAUUUGAGGUACCAUUGCCCAGCUCACCUUUACGCAACAUCAAUUUCAACUCCUUCAGCACAACAAAUCAUUUCCGCCAUAAAAGUUAUUCUUGGAGAGGACGGUUCAAACAGAGGUGAGCAAAAGUUAGCAAGAAUAAGGGAGAACAGCAACUUUUUUAGGGCCGAGCUGCAGAAGAUGGGAUUUGAGGUUCUUGGAGACAAUGAUUCCCCAGUCAUGCCAAUAAUGCUUUACCACCCAGCUAAAAUACCAGCCUUCUCUAGGGAAUGCUUCCGAGAAAAUAUUGCAAUUGCGGUGGUCGGUUUUCCAGCUACACCUUUAAUGCUAGGAAGGGCUCGUAUUUGCAUAUCCGCAUCUCAUUCCAAACAAGAUCUUAUUAAAGCCUUAGAGAUUAUAAGCAAAGUAGGUGACCUUACUGGAAUCAAAUAACUUCAAGCGACGCCAAAGAAGCAAAAAGAAGAGAAAUAUGUCAUCAAACUUGUUUAGAAAUUUAGAACCGGAAUGCUGCUUAAUGUGUUGCUCUAUGUAACAAUAUUCAUACCCAAAUAACCAGUCUCCUUCGAUCUGGUUUCAUAUCGUUAGAAAAAUUGCAGCCUCCACGAAAUUAAUCCUACUGAAUCCAAAGAACUCUAUUUGUAUUUCAAUUCUCAGGAAUAACUGGUAGCUUGUAAUAGGUUAUGUUGGUAACUGAUGAAAACAAAUAUCCUG